AUGGAUUCUGACAAGAACAACGUGUCUCUUCUGGACCUCCAACAUAAUCGAAUCCACCAGCUUCAGGACAAGCAGUUCAUUGGCUUCCAGAGCCUGGAGGGACUCUUCCUGCAGAACAAUGAACUCCAUUCCAUAGCCCCUGGGGCAUUUACUGGCUUAGCUGAGCUAAGAAAGCUGUUCCUGAGUCACAAUCGGAUCCACUCCCUGGCUCCAAGACUCUUCCAGGACCUCUGCCACCUGGAAUGGCUGAUGCUGGACAACAACCAGAUCACCGAGUUGCCACCUGAUGCCUUCCUGGGGCUGAAGUCCCUGUACUUUCUAACCACAGACAUCGCUUCCCCCGGUCCUUUGUGCUUGUCAAGACUGGCUGGUUCCUGAAGGCAGACACAAUGGCUUGUGCUGUGGAUCCCCCAGGGCAGUUUCGCACCAAUCAUUUCUUCAUUCCUUCCUUCAUUCCACAAAGCUCUUGUCACUUCUUCCAAGGCUCAGUGCUCAGUGCUAAGAGGGAGACAGGAAUGAAUAGGGCCUAGUCCCUGACCACAAGAAGCUCAAGUCUCUAAGGGGGUAAGACAAAGAACUGGGCUGCAAACAUGGUGAUUAGUGCCCAAGACAACAACAUGUGGGGAGAUCUCGAAGGAGGGAGGCAUCGCUUCCUGCACUAUGAGACCAAAGAUGGUGUUUGAGGAGAGCCUUGAAGGAGAAUAUCA